AUGGUAGGUGGUGGAAGAAGUGCAGCGCCAGGUCGGAAAAUAAUGGUGGUGGCCGAUCCAACCCAAGAGUCAGCAGGUGCACUCCAAUAUGCUCUUUCUCAAGCAGUUGUUGACAAUGACGAAUUGAUCCUCUUCCAUGUUGAAAACCCUAAUUCGUGGCGGAACACGAUCUCCAUGUUCCUAAAGAAACCCGGCCUCAUGAAUUCAGGCCCUACCAGCGCCAGUGCCCGUGCCGGAGCCGGUGCCGGCGCCACCACAUCUGUAGAAGGAAGCUUUGGAAGAGGGGACGUGGAAUUUCUUGAAGAAAUGAAAAGUGCAUGCAAGCUUUGCAAACCAAAACUUCGCGUUCGGAUUGAGAAGAAGGCGAUGGCGGAAGGCAAAGACAAAGCAACCGUUAUUCUAGAUCAAACCAAAGUUCUUGGUAUCGAUGUUCUGAUUAUAGGACAACGAAAGAGCCUUUCUACAAUUCUUUUAGGAUAUAGGCUGCCUGGAGCAUCGUCGCGAGCGACAAAACCAAUUGACACAGCAGAGUAUUUGAUUGAUAACAGCAACUGCACUUGUGUAGCAGUACAGAAAAAGGGACAAAAUGGAGGUUACCUUCUCAACACAAAAACCCAUAAAAACUUUUGGCUUCUAGCAUAAGCACUGCAACUCGCGUGACAACGACGAGUUCUGCUUGAUCUCAAAGUUAGCUUUUUUCGCCGUCGGUCUGCUGCUCUACUAUGUGAUAUAUCAUUUUUUGUUGACAACGCAGAAUCAGAUCAUUAACAAUUUACGUUCACUAAAUCGGUUGACUGCAAAAUUUAGUGAGCGGGAUGAGCUUUCUUUUGAUGCGUCUUGGUUAAGUGAGCUAUAUGCACGGUGUUCUUCAAUUUCUGUGCUCAAAAGAUAGGUUGUACAUAUUUAACAUGAUGGCUUUAUAAGCCAACAUGAAAGAAAUAUGUGGCGUAGAACCAAACGAAUGAAACAGUAGGAAUUGGUUCUGUUUUCUUUCUU